AUCUAUUGGACCACUAACGUGCCCAAUAAAAUGCUGUUUUUGUCACGUGACAAAUUCAUUAUCUGGCGGGUUUGUUAAUCGAGUUCCAAAACAUGAAGUGUGUUUUGCCAGGAGCAAACGUUAAGUUGUUUGCAAAAGCGAUACAUUGCCUUGCGAAACUUGGUCACUAUGUUUACUUUGAGCCUCUGGAUACCGGUCUCGCACUCAAAACGGUUAAUUCGUCAAGAUCAGCAUACGUCAGUAUCCUUUUUAUGAAACCUUUGUUUCAAGUAUACAAUGCAGGGUCGGAUAUCGACCUAACUGUGGACGACGACAACUUACCAAUUACCAGAUGCAAAGUUGCUUUAAAGACUUUACUUCAAGUGUUCAAAUCACUUGCAAACAUAGAAAGAUCAGUGGAAACAUGUGAUAUUGACCUUGAUGGUGAUGAGUGCAGACUUGUGUUUCAACUGAAAUGCAAGCAUGGUAUCACUAAAACACAUCACCUCACAUUUCAAGAAUGUGAAUCAUUACAGGCGAUUUUUGCAAAAGAUCUUUCACCUAAUGUUUUAAAAUGUGACCAUAAAGUUUUAUCGGAUGUUGUGAUUAAUUUCUCGUCCAGUCUGGAAGAAAUAACGAUGCUAGUUUCACCUUGUAAAGUUGUGUUGAGAAGUUACUCAGAUGAUGAAAGUGAUGAAAUUGCUCAACUGAUGAAAACUGAGGUUUCCCUUAACCCAGAAGAGUUUUCACAAUACCAGAUCGGUGUUGACACAGACGUCACUUUCUGCUUGAAAGAUGUUCGUGCAAUCCUUGCUUUUUGUGAGGUAGCAGCAAUGCCAGUGAAUAUACAUUUUGAGGUUGGUGGAAAGCCUAUAAUCUUCAGUCUCGGGCAUAAUGGAUAUUUUCGUGCAAACUUCGUGAUUGCUACUAUUGCUACGGAUAAAAAUUCCCAGCAUUCAAACGCGACUGCAAACUUUACCACCAACACAACAUUCCCCACGACUAACAAGCGGAGUUUUGUGAAACCUUCCAGAUCAAAAGUAGCUCCAAAACCUCUUCGGAAGGUCUCCGCUCAAAAGACGAACGCAAAGCCGCAGCCGACAAAGCUGCCGCAGCCGAAAGAUUGUGAUUCAAUUAAUUCGGAACAUGACGUGAGCCCAGAAAUACCGCUGCAAGGGGGUGAACAGACAAACGCAACCCGUUACGAAGGGUUUAACUCGCCUUCACCAAAGCAGCCGUGUUUUAAAAACGUUAAAACCGUAUUUUUCGCAGCCACUCAACCCAACGAUUUAGACCGUACAGUCUUAGUACUAGCGCCAGACUCUGACAACGAAGAUGGUACCUGAUUUUGCAUGUCUACGAGGAGAUUUUAGGUUAUUUUGUUUUUUUUUCGUUUUUUUUUUUUUAAUUCCAUGAGCGUACUGUGAUCAUACGAGCGCUGUAUAUGAGUCACAAUAUGGGUCAAUAACUCUACAAA